AUGUCCAUCCUACGGACUAGACAAGAGCAGGACAUUGAUCGAGUUGGGGAUGGCGGCACCGGUGGAGUCGAGGGCGGCCUUGAAAACGAGAAGCCAGCAAGAGGUGGAGGUGGAGGAGGGCGAGUGGUGUUCAGGAGUUGCUUCUCGAUGGCAUAUACCAAGAAAGAGAAUGUUAGAAAGUUGAAACAGAAGCAAGGAGAGUGCAAACAGCCUAAGACGAGGAAGAUGGACAUUGAUUAUCAGAUGAGGUUGAAAGAAACAGUGGAGGUUGCUAUUCAGCUUACGGCAAAUUGUGUACUUGAUGUAGAUUCAAAGGGGUACUCUUUUCAAAAUGGACUGUUGUUUAUGUUCCCAAAGCCACAUCCCCCUCCCCCUCCUCCUACAUCAACAUCACCACAACCUCCUCCUAAAAAUAAAAACCUUCGGCCAUCACUACAACCACCACCACCACCACCAUCAUCGUCAGAAGUACUACCCCUGCUUCCGACGGGGGAGUACGAGGUGUUUCUGAGCUUCAGAGGUGGAGACACACGCCAUCAGAUCGCGGAGUUCCUUUCCCUUUUCCUCAAAAACCGUGGCGUUCGUGCAUUCAUAGACGAUAACGAUCUCUACCAGGGGGACGACAUAGGCCCCAGCCUCACUAAGUCCAUUGAACAGUCCAAGAUCUACAUACCGAUACUAUCCGAGAACUAUGCGGAGAGCAAAUGGUGCCUUAAAGAGCUUGCUAAGAUGGUCGAGUGUCACGAGCGAGACCAAAGACACGUCAUAUAUCCCAUUUUCUACCUGGUGGAACCUACAGAUGUGAAAAACCAAACCGGUCCUUAUCAGAAAGCAUUUCAACAGCACGAAAACGAGAGGAAAGUUAGUCCCGAUGUCCUAACAAACUGGAAGCAUGCUAUGUGUGUGGUUGGACAUAAAGCCGGACGGACCAUCAAGAGCAAAGACGUCAACCUUGCAGCUGUAAUAGAUGGUGUUGCCAGCUUUGUGUUGAGGCAUUUAAACAAAAAUGAAAGUGUUUCAUAUGCGGGUGAGUUGGUUGGGAUUGAAAAUCCGGUCAAGGAAGUGAUAGAGAAACUGAGCUUAGACUCUCCGGGUCUGAUAGUGGUUGGCCUUCAUGGUUUUGGUGGCAUAGGCAAAACCACUAUCGCAAAUGCUGCCUAUCAUAAACUUGCUACUCACUUCGAUCGACGAUGUUUUCUGGCAGACAUACGAGAAACACAAAAGGAUAAGGAUGGUAACAUCAAUUUGCAAAAGAAGCUAAUCUCUCAGGUUAUGAUAAGAGAAGAUUCCGGUAGUUCUAUCACCACGGUUAACGACGGAAUCGAGCUGAUAAAAGAUAGACUUUCCCAGCUCAAACUUCUUAUCAUUCUUGAUGAUGUGGAUGAUAAGUUCAUAUUUGAGGAUGUUUUGGGAGAUCCUAAGAAUUUUUCUCCUCGAAGUAGAUUCAUUUUUACUUCCAGAGACAAAACAGCGAUGAAUGAUCUCAAUCACUAUCGCAAGUUGUAUGAAGUUCAGCCGAUGGUUAAAGAACUCUCGUUCCAACUCUUCCGUAGGUAUGCCUUCCGUAGGGAUUCUCCUAUAACGGGAUACGAAAAUUUAGCAAAAAAAUUUGUAAAAAAAAUAGGAGGAGUUCCAUUAGCUCUUAAGGUUAUUGGCUCCUCUUUGCUCAAGAAAGAAAUACCAUUUUGGGAGGGUGAGUUGAAAAAGUUAAGAAAUUCACCUCACCGAGAAGUUAAAGAAAUUCUGAAGAUAAGUUACGACUCGCUGGAUCCCGAGAGCAAACAAAUUUUUCUCGACAUCGCUUGUUUCUACAUUGGUAUGGAUCAAGAGACGCCAUCAUACAUGUGGAAUGAUCUUGGACUCUAUCCAGAGGUCAGCAUCAUUAUCCUCGAAGAUCGUUCCCUGAUCAAACUCGGGGAUGGCGAUACGUUUCAAAUGCAUGAUCAACUGAGAGACAUGGGGAGAGCAAUCGUUCGCGACGAAAAUCCUGAACACUCAUGGAUGAGGAGUAGGGUAUGGGACGAGAAGGACGCUCUAGAACUGUUACUAACGAAGAAGGGAUCCGGCCAAGUUAAAGCCCUUAGAGUAGAUGAUGCAUAUAACAUUGGCACGCUUACACGCGGGCAUUUUCUGAAUUUACCAGAGCUAAGAUAUUUUGAUGCUGAUGGAGCUAGGUUUGGCGGAGACUUCAAUGACAUUCUUCCUAAUAUAAGAUGGCUUCGCUUGCAUGGUCACAAUAACGAAGAUGAUCAUCCGACCAAUUUUCACAUGGAAAACCUGGUGAUUCUGGAUCUCCAAGGAUCCCCACUUUUAGACGAUGAUUGGGGAGGUUGGAGCCAAAUCAAGACCGCUAACAAAUUGAAAGUCCUAGACCUCUCCGAAUGUCGUUCACUGACCAGAAUCCCCGAUUUCCCACAAUCGUGGAGUCUGGAGGUGCUCAACCUUUCGUCUCUCGGUUUAAACUCGGGCGUGGAGUUGGAUGUUAGCAGCUUGUGGAACCUAAAAGUGUUGAAUCUAUGUGACAUCGAAUUGGAAAGGAUAGUUGGUGGAACCAUUGGAACGAUGAGAAGGCUCCAAGAGCUAGAUCUCAUGGCGCUCCAUUGCAACAAUCUGGAGGAAGUGGUUGUCGAUAUCGGGGAAUUGUCGUCUCUUAAGAUUCUCAAAACAUUCGGGAUGACGACGACGACGAAGAAAAUCACAGAAGGAAGUGAUCAUCACCAGGAGCUUAUAAUCACGUUAGGGAAGCUUCCAACAAGUCUGAAAGUGCUACACACUUCAUCUCCGGUUGUCAAUCUCUCGGAGCUCGUGGUGAUGGAGGAGCUCAAGGUUUGGAAUUGUGAUUUCGGUCUCCCAAUCCCUCCCAUGAAGAAUUCAUGGUGGAGUAAAUCGAAACUCAAGUCCAUGAUGCUUAAAAGCUCCAAGAUGGUCGUCGUCCCUGCUAGUUUCGCUGAAACUAGCAGGGACGACGACGUUUCUCCUAUGGAAUCUUCUUCUUGUUGUCGGCUCCCAACAUCUCUCACUGAGCUCCGCGUGUGGGAUUGUUCGGAGUUGACGUGGCUGCCAAACUUGGAGAACCUCGAGAAUUUGACUGAAUUGUCGGUCAACGGCUGUAGCCGUCUGCAAGAAAUCCAAGGGCUUGACAAUGUGUUGUCGCAAUCUAAUAAGCUGGAGUUGUUGGUGUUGAUAUCUUGCCCUCUUCUCACAUCAACGUUCCGCCGCCGCCGCGGUGUCGUCGGUGGUGGGAAAAGAGUCGAGUCUUUGAAAGGAUUGUGCGUCCGUAAAUGCGGCGGCGGCGGCAUACCUCAUCUGCGAGACUUCCCAAGGCUUACAUCGUUGGAAAUUGGGCGGAUAACUGAUGAAGCGUCUCAACAGGGAAUGGGAUCACAACUAGAGGACAUUGCCAGUCUGGAAGAGCUACAAUACCUAAGGCUGUUUGGCUUGACGUCCGUCGACAGACUUCCGUCACUGUCGAAGCUACGAAAGUUAACUUUCCUCUCCAUCCACGACAUGCCGAGAUUGCGCGAGAUCGAGGGUCUUGCCGACUUGAAGUCGCUGAUACAACUGAUACUUGCCGGUUGCACGUCGUUAGAGAGAUUGAUAUUGCCGCCGGCAGCCAAUGAUGGUCUGCAGGUACUGGACAUUCGAGGAUGUAACAACUUGCCUCCCGGCGAUCUCUCUGCUCUCAGGGCUAACCUGCCAAACGUCCACAUCAAAUGGCCGCAUGAGCCGUACGGAGACGGCGAAAACUUACCAACACUGUUCCCAGACGUGGCUGAUGCUUUUCAGCCGGAGAUGAUGGGGUACGAAGGCGGCGAGUCAUCCUGAAAUAUCGGGCUCUCUAGCGCGGUAAGUAAAAUUUUACUUUACCGCGCGUUACACCUAUAUCAUUUUCAUUAUUAUCGUCAUUUUGAUGAUCAUCCACUUACUCCUUUUAAAAUAAAAUUAUCGUCAAAAUUGUUUUCGAUUUGAUCUAGUAUUUGAUCUGAGUACUUUCUGAAACUAAUUUCUCGUAUCGGCUUUGGAAAUUCAUCUAAUAAAUCAACCAUCAUAAGACAAAACUAUGAGUAAAAAAGUACAAGCUGUUAUUAGUUUUCUAAGUUACAUCAUCGUAUUAAACAAAUGUCGAUAUAUACCAACGAGAAUGGAUAGUGAAAGAGGAAUAGAACCGGUGAUUUUGCUUGGUACUUUUGAUCGACAAAUCAAUAAGAUUUCUUUCGUAUGUAACCCUUCAUUCAACGGGAAAAUGAAUCGGAUUCUACGGGAUCAACCCUUUAGAAGUUCGUCUUAUUAAUCAUCCAUUAAUAGAAGACCAAAUUAUGAGUCGUAGAAAAUGCAAGGAGUAGUUGUCAGUAACUUUUCAAGUUAUAUCAUCAUAUUAAACAAACACAAAUGAUAACAUUUAAAAUAAAUAUGAUAAUUGAAGUCUAGUUUUAACCUGAAAACCCCAAAUUUUCACGUAAGUAGUUGUCUGUAGUUGUCAAUUUUUUCUGUAAGUAGUUGUCAAUUUUUUACAAAUACUUUUCAUUUGUAUAAAAAAAAGUUUUUUUUUAUGAAUAAUAGUUUUUUUUAUAAGGGAAAGGAAAAAAAAAACUAAAUAGUUGUCCUUAUAAGUUUACCAUUUGAUGACCAACUCGGUUUUAUCAAUUUGGCUUGUAAUUUCCUUUCCACUUCAUUCAAUUUGCAGCUUUCUCCUCCGAGGAAUAUGAUGACGUACGUGCCGCCGGCGAGAGAAAAUGAGUCGGCCUACUUAAUUAUUUCUCCAGUUAUUGAUAUAUGACGAUGUACGCGCUUCUCCGGCGGCCGAUAAAGCUGAUUGAUAACAACCCCAAUUAGCUAGCCAGCGACGUUUGGAAAGUGGUAUACAAAAGUACGUACAGUAUGGAUUUCAAGAAAAGUAACGAAAUGAAUUAUUAAUUAAAGAACAGUUAGCUUUCAAUAAAAUUUAUAGCAUGUACUUAUUAUUUGUCAUGAUAUUAUAUUCAGUUUGUACUCAGCUACAAGUAUUCUACAGUCCUGUGUUUCCCAUGCCCAUAAAGAUGUCAUAACAAUAAUAAAUGGCCGU